UUCGCACGCCAUCGAAGGCAUCGAAGAAGGCAUGAAGCUCUCGCCCCAUUCAAGGUAUCUCUCUCCAGUUCUUCGAUUCGCAGCGUUCCGGCGAUCGCCGCAGCUUUGGCUACGUUCUCCCUGCCGUGCUUCUUCGUCUCUGGCAAUGUCUCUUGGGUCGAGGAACCCGCCACAAGUGGCGACGGUCACCAUCUCCUACUCCAAUCUCAAGGACAGGAGCAGCGAUUUGUCGGCGAAGAUAGAGCAAGGCUUCGGUCCUGAUGGACUUGGAAUCCUCUCCAUCUCGGAUGUGCCUGGUUUUCCUACUUUGCGUGAAGAUUUAUUAUCUCUCUCAGCAAGGGUUGCAUCCCUUCCUGAAGAUGCCAAGAGAGAUCUUGAAGAUCCAGAGAGCAGUUAUUGUCUUGGAUGGAGCCAUGGGAGGGAGAAGCUUGAAUCUGGUAAACUUGAUACAUUCAAAGGUUCCUUUUACGGCAAUCCAAUUUUAGAUGAACCGACCACGGAUGUUUCACUUUUGAAACGGUACCCUUCAUAUUGUCGGGCAAAUAAAUGGCCAUCCAUUGCUUUGCCUGAGCUUGAAGUAGCAUUCAAAGGUCUUGGAAAGAUGAUAUUGGAUGUUGGUUUGAUGCUGGCAUAUCAUUGUGACCGCUAUGUAUCAAAAUCAAUAAGAAUGCAUGAUGAUGAAGGCCUUGAGCAGACACUUCAGCAUUCUAGGUGUCACAAAGGCCGUCUCCUAUAUUACUUUCCAAGACAAUGGAGUGAAUCUAAGGAGGAUACAAGCUCCAUGUCAUCAUGGUGUGGGUGGCAUACUGACCAUGGUUCUCUUACAGGCCUUACUUGCGGCAUGUUCAUGAGAAACGGUGUAAGGAUUGCUUGUCCUGAUAGUGCUGCUGGCCUUUAUAUUAAAACAAGAAAUGACCGAAUUGUCAAAGUAGUAUUUGGUGAAGAUAAUUUGGCAUAUCAGAUUGGUGAAACAACGGAGAUAUUGACAAGGGGUCUCCUCUGUGCCACUCCCCACUGUGUACGGGCACCGAAAGGAGAGAAUGCCUCAGGUGUGGAUCGUUCAACUUUUGCUCUGUUCAUGCAACCUGACUGGGAUGAGAUCCUCAGGUUUCCUAGUGAAGUACAUCAUCAUAAAGAGUUGAUACUAUCCAAUGGAACACUGACAUUUGGAGAAUAUUCUGAGAUGCUUGUUGACAAAUAUUACCAACAAGGUUCAUAGAAAAUUAUACAUUGUAUACCUCUUAUUUCUUUGACACGUAAUGGAUGAUAUACUAUAAAAUGAUAAAUUUAAAUAAUUUUACCAAACUCUUCAAACAUUGAAUAUUCUACUCAUGUUCUGAGCUUCUAUAAUUAGAAUACAUACACUUCACAUGUUCCUUUGACUUAUCAUUGUCACGGACAACAGCACAUUCAGAUGCUUGGCCUUUUCUCAUACUUUGCUGGUGCUGUCUUUCUUUUAGUUAUCUAUUUUCUUUAUUCUUCAUUAGUUCAUUGUAUGGAGUAUGAACUUGACCAUUAACUUAAACUGCUUGACAUAUAUUUGAUUUCUUCUGAUUUCUGCUAGAUCAGCCAAUAAAACCAGCAUGCUUCAAUAUUUUAGUUAUUGAAUUCUAAUGCCAACGUUCACCUGUAAAUUAACAUUCUUGUCUUCUGUUGAGAAUGCCUGGGAAUCUCUGAAUAGGAUUUAUUCUGGGAUUGGCUUAAUAAAAACCAACAAGGGGGGCUUUCAGUUACUGAGUUGCAUAUCUGGAUGGUGUCCUCUGCAACUGCAACAACAGACAGGUUUCUUGUUGAUAAUUAAACCGGAAAUGAGCUCAGACUGGAGACAUGCAAUGAAUGAUAUGAUCGUAGCAAGGGAACAUGAAUGUUGGUUAUGUUUGAUGGUCCUGAAACUGGAUAACUCUAUUGAUGGGAUAACUCACGGAUUAGAAAAUUCUAGAGAGUGCCUUCGGUAUUUAGAUGCUGUCAAUGUCUAGCAAGUUGGUUUUUAGUAUUUAAAACUAAUACGAUGUGAAGCUCGAGUGUAGGCUGACCUCCUCACAACACUAAAAAAAUAGAAAUUAGGUUUUGUGCUUAUGUUUAUCUACUCCAUACCCUUAUUUAUGGAAAUUAUUGUGAUAACGAAUAAUCAAACUGAGCAUUGUAUGCUUCAGUCUGUAAACUGUGGGGAUUAUCAUUGAUUUCUAGGGAUUAGUGGGAUAUCUAGCAAGUUUGUUUAAGCAUUUGAAACUAGUUCGAAAGUUAAACUUAAGUUUAGUCUUGACCAAUUUGCAACACUAGCGCAACUCUAAACCAUAAACCCUAAUUUACAGAAAUCAUCAUCGAUUUCCGACUAUUAUUAAUUUUUUUAUACCUAUAACCAAACAUGCAUUAACAUGCUUUGAUCAAUCAAACUGAGAUUUAGUGUCAUAAAACAUAAAUGGACUUGCAUAAACCCUAAUUUGAGGUAAAUCCUGGUUUCUUUCACUUCCACCUCAAAUGUGCUGGUGUUUGGCAGGAUGGAGUUCUUUGGCAUAUGUAUGUGCAUAUAUAUAUAUAUAUAUAUAUCAUAUUAUAUGGACUUGGGUUUUCUUGACAGAGGAGGGACAGAUUCAAUGCAUGCCAAACAUAAAACAAUAAUGAUGGCAAUUAUUAAUCCUUUAAGUCCCCCACUUAGGACCACAUUCUUACCUUUUGAGUAUUUUAUCAUUUGACCAUGAAGUUCUUUUGAAUUUGGUUGUUGAUGCACCCAUUAUGGCUGAAUUCGACAGGGAUAUAAAUAGAACGCUAUAUAAUGUGUUUAAUAGGCUCGAGCAAGAUUGAUUUAUUUAUUUAUUUAUUUUGUAAGGGAAAAUUGCUUACAUACACCCACAAAAAUGUAUAAUCGUGUGUAAGCCACUGAAAAUAAUAAAAUUGCACAUUUAACCCCAUGAACCUUGUAUCUGUGCAUGUAUACUCCUGUGUUCAAAAUCCAUAUGUUUUUUCCUUCAAAAAGGCAAAAGACAUUUUCAACACUUGCUCUCAAGGGAUUAUUGGAGGAGAAAAAACACAUGCAGAGAAGGGGUGAGUCUAUAUGCAUGUCCCUUUGCAAUGAAUCAUGCAUUUCCUCUUGAAAGAUGCGUUAAAGA